AUUAUGAAAUCGAACACUGACGCUUGUAAAAUUCAUAUUAUGUACGAUGGACAGUUACUUGUGUCACUUCACAAUGCCUGUGAUACAGAUUUAUUUAGCAGUUUUUGUAUGCAUGGAAUCAAACUAUAAGCAUUUCUGCAGUUGCUGUCAACUGAUACUCAUCUUAGGCAAGCGAUAUGGCUUCUCAAAUCUCGGUGUUAAUAAUUUUAAGCUUGUUUGGAUCGUAUUUUUGUCAAUAUGGACAUUACGGCCCCUAUCGUGAAUACGGUCAAAAGAAUAAAGUAUACUACAAACUUAUGAAGGACCCAAUUCAAGCAAAACCAUCAAAAAUAACUCGAGAUAACUUAUUUGGUUGGCUGAAUAAGAAAAAUGGCGUCAAAUUCUACUUAUGGACCAGGUAUACGUACAUAUGUAAAUAUAAAGAAUCCGAACCUGGCACACGAAUUGAAGUACAAUGAUGUUGACUCCAUCAAAAGUAGCAAUUUCAACCCCAACAAACUGACCAAGAUUAUUAUUCACGGCUGGGCUGAUGGGGCAUCUGAGGUUCAAAUAGGAGACUGGUUGAUUUUCAUGCGGGAUGCUUACCUCCGUUUUGCAGACAUCAACUACAUUGUUGUCGACUAUGCCAUUUACGCGUCCUGGUUUCUAUUCUUCAGUGCCAGACCUGAGCUGGUUGGUGAGAGAGUGGCAGAAAUGAUCAUUUUUCUGGAGAAACAAGGAAUGCAAUUGGACCCUCUACACAUCGUUGGCUGGUCGUGGGGCGCUCAUAUUGCUGGAAUGGCAGGGCACCGACUAAAUGGUAGAAUCGGGAGAGUCACCGGAAUUGAUCCUGCUGGGCCCACAUUCAAAUACAUCCCCAAUGAACUCCGACUUGAUAAACGUGACGCGAAAUUUGUGGAUAUUAUUCAUGUAAAUGGAGGUUACCCUUCUACGUGGGGGUUCUUCGGUCUGCCUGAUCCGUUGGGUCAUCUCGAUUUUUAUCCGAAUGGAGAAGCUGCAGGCGUUCAAAUUGGAUGUCCAGCUGGUCAAGCUCUCGUUUAUGAAAGCUUGUGGUGCAGUCACGGACGAGGCGUAAAGUACUUUACGGAAUCGAUAUUUUCUCCAUUAGCAUUCCCAGCAUGCCGCUGCGAUUCAUUUGAUGAAUAUGUAACCGGGCUUUGUCCCUGUUCUCAAGAAGAAACGUCCUUUAUGGGAGAACAUCUAUCUCACAACGCGUACAUAUACAUACUCUUUUUUUUAUUGUGCUUUCUCUCUCUUUCUCUCUUUCACUCUCUCUGUUUCCACUGCUUUCUGUCUUACUGCUACCAUAGCCUCUUGUUACGACAUAAUUUCACGAGAUUUCUUUUCAUUUUCUGGCAAACGACACAAAUAACUGAGGCUCUUUGUGCUAGGACGAGGGGAAUUUACCAACUGUUCACCAGACCCAAGCCCUUGUUCGGCCAUGGAAUCCAAUUGAAUAUUACGCUCCCUAAUUACACUCCGCCGGAAGAGGAAUUUAUAGCCACUUUAAACGAUACUGAGCAAGUUAACGUUCGCCCGGGUACAAUUAGAAUUCAACGCGAGGGUAUCGUGACAAGACUGGAAUUUAAGGAUUCGUAUAACAGUAAAAGCUAUCCAAAUAACGAUAUUGUUACAAUGAGCAUUGCGUUUGUGCUCAACAAUACAAUAAAUUCUGCUCAAUUAAUUGAGCAUAAAUUAGCACCAAUUAAGGAAUAGACAAAGCGGACCGAGUGAGAUUCGGCCAUCAGAUCCGUGCAUCAUUUUGCUUAUAAAUUCGGCACGCGAAACUAAUGUUACUCCUGUUAUAAAACUAUUUUCUGGGUGAGAUUGAGACCGGCGUGCAUAACUGUUUGUUUAUUUUUUAUUAUUCUGGUCAAUUAUUAUGCAACUGGAUUUUGCAAAUGACCCGCAUGCAUUUCCUUCUGAGUCUCAAACUAUGUAUUGUGUUAUGAAAUGCAGAGAAUGCCCACCGUUAUUUAUUUACUUAGGAUUAAGUUUAAAGAAUGAAGGUCGCCUAUAGAAUAUGAAUGUUAUUGUUCUGUUUAAUUACGCUUAAAUUACCUUUGAUAUGUACAUUGCACAUUGUAAAUGACGAUAACUAUGCAAUGAGGAAUUGAGUUGAAUUUAUAUAACGUCCGAUAAAAUGACGGAUAACGGCCAACGACAAUAUCUAAUCUUACUUAAUUAUUGUCUACUUUGAAACGCAAUAUGUAUGCACACCUAAUGUUCAAAAUAACUCUCAACUUUUCAUUCGCAUGAGUCACUAAACUUCUGGGCAAUAAACUACAAAUUUAAACAAUGGCA